AAAAGCAAAAAAAAAGAAAACUAAAUAAGUGCGAAAACUUUGAAAACCAUUGCGUAUAAAAACAAACAUAAAAUUCAUGCUGCUCCUGUGGUUAACACUGACUUGACUUUUGCAUAAGUACAAAUCAACGCUUUUCAACGAGACAACAACCAAAAAAGUUAUGCGUUAAUGCUCAGCGAACAUUUUUGUUGAGCGAAACUUUAAAAAAAAUUAUCUGCGUAUUUAGAUAAAUAGGUGCUUAAAGAUAAUUCUUCGUAGAGAUCUUCGUAGAUUCAUUUUGUUUUGUUUGAAAAGUAAAAAAUAAUCUACGACUUCAGCUUCACAAUGUUAACUGAUAUGACGCCGACGGCUGGUCAACUAUACGGCUCUCAAAUACCGACUAUGGGUAUGAAUAUAACAAAUAUUGCCACGCAUUUACAAAAGCCAGCAGUUAAUCCGGAUCACCCGAGCUUAAGAGGUACACCUUUGGCCAUGUUGGCUGCUCAGUGCAAUAAAUUAAGCAGCAAAUCUCCUCCGCCGUUAGCAGAUGCUGCUGUGGGUAAAGGAUUUCAUCCUUGGAAAAAAAGUCCUGCUUCGCCCGCUAGCGUUAGCAAUAAUAGUAAUAACAAUACGAAUCCGGCAUCGUCAUCGUCAUCAUCGAAUGUUUCUGGCGGACAACAUUCUCCGUGCACUAUAUCAUCGGCAUCUUCAACAAAUUCCUCAAAUAGCAGUGUUAAUUUGGGCAUUGGGUCGUCAUCGGCAGCGUCAACAUCGCGCAGUCUAUCUAACAGCAGCAUAAACACAAUGGUCAACAUUACUGCAAGUCGCCCCAUAACUUCCUCGUGUGCCGCUGUCACUACGCCUUCAGCCUAUGGCAGCGAUCUAUAUUUUCCGAAUACGAGUACAGCUACAGCAGGCAUGGUACCCGAUAAUCAUCAUAUGCAUCAGGGUCUCCUUGGAAAAGUAGAGGGCGCGACAUUUGGAUCGGUUUAUUCUAGACAUCCCUACGAUUGGCCCUUUAACGCGGUAACCGCUUCGGCGCAUAAGGCUGCUGAAGCUGCCAGUGUUAAUACUGGCUGGUGGGAUAUGCAUUCCGCCGGUAGUUGGUUAGAUAUGGGCGGAGCUGGUAUGCAUUCUACCAUGGCCAAUUAUGCCGCAGCAGGCUCUGAUUAGUCCUCAGCUCUUAGCCAUUCGCUUUCAAAUACCGCUCAUUUAUUAGGUACUGGGCAACAUUUACUUCAAGAUACCUAUAAGAGUAUGUUGCCUGGUCAAACUGUUGGCGGAUUUUCUUUACCGCAUAGUUCGCCAUCGGCAGCCUCGACAGCUAAUUCAUCACAAGCCUCUUCGCCUACUACUCCCUCGCCGAGAUCGCAGAGGAGAUACGCCGGCAGAGCUACUUGUGAUUGUCCGAAUUGCCAAGAAGCGGAACGUUUAGGUCCUGCUGGUGUACAUUUACGCAAAAAAAAUAUACAUUCGUGUCACAUACCGGGUUGUGGAAAAGUUUAUGGAAAAACAUCACAUCUUAAAGCACAUUUGAGGUGGCAUACCGGCGAGCGGCCUUUUGUUUGCAAUUGGCUCUUUUGUGGCAAACGGUUUACGCGUUCCGAUGAGCUUCAACGUCAUUUGAGAACUCAUACUGGAGAGAAACGUUUUGCUUGCCCUAUCUGUAAUAAACGCUUUAUGCGCAGCGAUCAUCUUGCCAAGCAUGUCAAAACUCAUAAUGGUACGACAAGCAAUGGUGGCAUUAAGAAAGGUUCUUCAGAGUCCUGCAGUGAUUCAGAAGAAGCAGCAAACCAAUCUAAUGAUUCGAAUGGCUUAAAUUCUUCGGGAGCUGGCACUAGUAAUAAUCCAAGCAAUAGCAGCAGCAGCAAUAGUCAUCCUGGUACUCCAAAUUCUCAUCAAUCAGGCACAUCGACUAGUGGCUUAAAUGCGGGUAUACAUCUGUCCUCGCCUCAUCACAUGUCCAGUGGUUCGCCGGUGCUUAUGCAUCAACAUCAACAACAUAUUCAGCAUCAGCAGCAGCAACAGCAACAAGUUCAACAACAGCUUCAACAACAACAACAACAACAACAACAGCAGCAGCAACAACAGCAGCAACAAGCUCAUCAUCAUGCUCAUGCAUUGCACCCACAUCAUCAUCAUCAUCAUCAUCAUUUAGUGGCUAACAAUUCAGCACCCAGCCCUGGUCUCGAUCAUCACAGCACUCUCGUUGAUAUUAAGCCACCAAUGGUUUGAGGUUCACUUGGACCCUUUCUGUUUGGCAACUGAGCUACGGAACAUGGGUCCUACAUAAAAGAUCUACUGCAUACAUUGGGCAUUUAUGAAGAACCAAUCCAGUGAAUGAAUGACUAUAUGGCAUAAAUUGUAUAAAUAAAUGAAUCACUUCGCGUUAGAAAAACAAAAAAAAAGAAAUUUAAAAAAAAAUGUAAAUAAAU